UUUCUAGAGCACAGAUUUCUCCGACCCGUCCUUGCUGGCCGAGUUCAGUUUCUCAGAGACCACGGGCCCACACGUACGAUGCCAUUUUGACGGUGGUUUUGUCGCUUUUUCAAGGGCUUGGAACUGUUCCACAUCGCGCUGCUGUUCCGAGCGAAUCUUUGCUUUGCCUUCUCCAGACCACCCCUGAUUGUCAGCUCCCCAGGAAGCUGCCGCCUCCGUGUCUCCCGUGUCUCAAGCAGAAGCGAGAGAUCUGGUUUCUGCACAGUUGACUUCUCACCUGUGGUGGCCUGCCAGAGCUCUGGACUGUCGUGCAAUUUCCACUUUUCUUCUACUUCUGUCUCUUCUCGCGUUCUCUUCUUUUUCUGCCUAAAAGAUGUGGAGAUCGAGUGGAGUCUCCUUCACGCGCUACGCGUCUGAGAUGGCUGCGCUCUUGAGACAAUGCCUCAAGGAACCGUACAGGACGCAAGCCAUGCAGAGGAAUCAAAUUCAUUUGAAGGAAACUGUGUACCAGCAAGGCCAGGUCCUCACGCGAGAGACAUUCAACGACAUCAAGAAGGCCUUUGAAGCAGCUGCGAAGCACGCGGGCGAGAAAUAGGCGUGUUGAAAGGACGCGGACUUCGCCUUUUCUCAGUUUCUCAGUCUCGUUGAUCUUUUUCCAGUGCGCUCGUUCAAUCGAAAGCAUUGUUUCACGUGCACAUGAGUUUUCGCGGGAGUAGUUCCGCAAGGCAGUCUCAACAGCGGAAACAUCACCUCGCCAGUGAAAUAGCUGGGGAACAAGAAUGUCAACGUGUGCCAGCAAAGGUGCAGAGUUUGGCUGAAAGGUUUUGUCUCUGGCUGUCGCGUACCGGUGGCAUUCUGAGGCAGAGAACCCGGUACAAGGCCACUGCUAUCGCCC